AUGGCGCAGCCCAUUAUCUACCGUACUCCUCCCAUCGCGGGUCGACCCCCAUUCGCGACUGACGAGCCCGACUCGAUGUACCAGCAACAUCCUGCCACGGUCCGUGUCAGACAGCAGCCCCCUCCAGAUCCGAAUGCGAGGACAUCGGCAUACAACAUGUAUGACCAUUACCUGGAUGACAGCAGGGGGCCCGGAGUGAGCGGACAGAACCCGUUCGACGACAGCAUGGAGUAUAAAGGCCCCAGAAUGCAGAUGCAGCCCCAGCAGCAGCCCAUCCCGCUCGCCUCACCCAAGCCCGGAUACGCUGCGCCCAUAGCCGCCCUCAACCUCGCUCAGCCCAGUCGCGUUGCCGCCCCAGACGGCCGCCAGACAGCCUCCCCGGAGAUGUCCCAGCUCCAGUUCCCCAAGCCCCUCACCCUCGUCGCCCGUCAGGGCACCCCCAGCAUACCCAGCACUCCCCAUCCGCUUCAGCCACCCAUGACGCCCAUCGAACCCGCCUUCAUCCGUCCUUUCAACGCUCCCGCUACCCGCGACGUCAAGUUCGCCGAAGUCCAGCCCAUCCUCCGUGGCAAUGGGGAAGAGACUCUCCUCCCCAGGCGCGGCGCUCGCCAGGGCGAAGAAUUCUGGAGACGGUUCAGCAUGAUUGCUAAGGAGGACAACCGGAAACCGUACGCCCAGAAGCAAAGUGCGUGGUUAAAGAAGACCGUGACCGGUUCUUCUCGCAUGUCUCGGUGGGUCCUCAUUAUGGGUAUGAUCCUGCUUGUGGUCAUCAUCGGCGCCAUCUGCCUCGGCGUGUACGUCGCGCACAAAAGCACCUCGCCCUCCACACCGACCGCGAUCGGCGGCAGUGCAGACGAGACCGGUCACAUCGCAACCACCGCUGCAGCUAUAGCCGGUGUUCAUGGAUCAAGCGCGACAUCUUUACAUGUCACUCCCACUAACACCGUCGCUCGUCGCGAUUCUCUAGUCCCUCCCGUCCCCACGUCGUUCGCGCUCCCAGUACCGUAUCCGCCUGCCGAGUUCGGGGGGCACGCGCAUCUGCUGCGCGCCUUCCCGCCUUCUCGGCACCGCAGACGCAGCUAUCUCAAUCGCACGGUGGGCUGA